GCAUUCCUGUCGCUGUGAAACUGGAGAAGAUUAAAUCUUGAGGUAAAACUGCUCCACGGCCUGAAAAUGGGGACCUUUGGAAAGAUCUCGUUGGCAAUAGCAGCACUAUCGCUUCUCCUUGGAGAAAGGAUGGUCAAUUUGAGCAAAAGGAGCCUCGCCUUCAGAGAGGUGCAGAAGAAACAUCUACCCAACUGUGUUACACUCAAAAAUCUGGAUCAUGGGUCUGAGGAUAUAACAAUCAUUGGAAAUGGGCUUGCCUUUAUCAGCACUGGACUGAAGUUUCCGGAAAUACCAACCACAAACGAUUAUCCUGGGAAAAUCUUCACCCUUGAUUUGCAAGAUCCUCGUCUGAAACCAGUGGAGCUGCGCAUGCCAAGGAACUUUGAUUUGGAUUUGUUCAACCCACACGGCAUCAGUGCAUACACUGAUCCCUCUGAUAAUACAGUGUACCUGUUCGUUGUCAAUCAUCCUCAAUACAAAACCCAAGUUGAGGUGUUCAAAUAUGUGGCGGACACGCUCUCCCUCGUUCAUCUGAAAACCAUAAAACAUGAGCUGCUCCACAGUGUAAAUGAUAUUGUUGCGGUGAGCAGGGAAAGCUUCUAUGCCACCAAUGAUUGCUACUUCUCCCAUGCGCUCUUAAAAAUGCUGGGGAUGGUUCUCCUUCUGCCUUGGACCAAUGUUGUGUACUACAGUCCAGAGGAAGUAAAAGUGGUCUCUGAGGGCUAUUACAUGGCUAACGGAAUCAACAUGUCUCCAGACAAAAGGCAUCUUUAUGUGGCAGAUUUAUUUGACCACAAUGUGCACGUGUUGGAGCGGAAAGAAGAUAAUACAGUGACCUCAGUAAAGUCUGUGGCUGUGGGUUCGCUCUCUGAUAAUAUCGAGGUUGACCCUGGAACCGGUGACCUUUGGGUGGGCUGUCACACUAACGCACGGAAGCUUUUUAUGUUUGACCCCAAAGACCCGCCUGGAUCGGAGGUCAUCCGAAUCCAGAACAUUCAUUCUGAUCAGCCGGUGGUGACUCAGGUGUAUCUGGAUGAUGGUGAAGUCAUCAGCGGCUCCUCCGUGGCUGCUACCUACGGGAGAAAGUUACUCAUUGGCAGUGUUUUCCAUAAAGCCGUGUGCUGUGACUUGAAAUAGGGAAUGAUUCAGUAUUUUGAAAAGAAAUGGUAAUCAAGUUGUACCUUUUUUUUUUCUGCUGGAUGGGGUGGUAAUGAUUUGAAGAAUGAUGUGUCAGUUACCUCAGGUUUUGUUUGUUACAAAUUAAUCUGAUUAGAGAAUCAGAAAACCUCUCCGCUGGCUCCAGCGUGCUGACAGACGGGCAGGAGAAGCUGGAGGAAAGCUGGAGUUUACCUGAGCCACGGGGCAACGGCACACCUGAGUACCAGGUGGUUUAAUACACUUUACAGUGUAUUAAACCACCUGGUACUCAGGCUUAUAAUUGUAAGACCCGCAUAUGUGAACCACUAAUAAAACUUACAAGAACUUGGGAAAAUGUUACAUUCUGGUAUUGUAGUGUGAAUAGGCCUACCUUUUUUUUUUUUCUUUUUUUUUUUUUUAUAUAAUUUUAAUUAAAAAAAUGUGAACUUUUUCAUGGGGGAGGGGUGCUUAAACUGCUGAAAUUUAUUUUUUUCUCAAGAAAAAAAACAAUAAA